AAAGUAUAUUUACAAGCAAAGUGUGUUUAUAAAUAUAAAUUAUAAAUACAGCCAUUUUAAAUUUGUUAAUACUUUUUAUUUUCAAUUAUUUUACGCCGGCAACGCUUAUUAACUUAAUUAUAUAAAUAAACAAAAUUAUAAUGAAUGAAUCUAGCACAGACGCCGUUAACCACUUGAUCUGUAGGUUAUGUUCCCACAAAGCGAGAUUGAUUUCAUUAUUCAAAGGAAAAAGUCGAAGUAUCAGGGAUUUAAUCAGGAAAAUGGUCGCAGUUACUAUUGGAAUAAAGUAUGAAGAAGACAACUAUUUUGACUGUAUAUGUUCUUCAUGCAUAAUAGAAACAUACAAUCUUCUUGUAUUUAAAACUAAAUGUCUGAAAAAUGAAGAAAAAUUGCAGGCUUUAAUUCCAAAUAUACCAAAAAAAUCUGACUCUGGGACAAAAUUAUCGGAUAUUGAGUUACCUAAUUACACUGAACUCAAACAUAUUUUAACCAAUUGGCUCCGUACCAAAUCCUUUAUAUCAACUGAGAGCAGCGGGUCUUCUGGAGAAUCAUCAUCAUCACCAGCUUGUGCAAAGACCAAAAUCGAUAAAAGUACUCAGACGCAUUCUCCAAAAUGUUUUAAUGUUUCAAUCCAGAACGCAUUCAUGCCAAUCAUUCCUAAAGUUACUAUCGAAACCCAAACGAAUCUUAUCAAAACCAUCAAUGCCGAUAUUCAGUGUAAUUUAGGAAAAAAAGAAUCUUCCAAAAGACCCAGAAUCAAAGAUAAGUAUACUCAAUGCGAUUUAUUAAAAAUACAAACGAAAAAGCCUAAGGGUUUUUUCGACGUUUACACCCAAACGAUAGAUUUGAAAACUGAAAACAACAAUGAAGCCAUUAUUACCGGAAAAUAUGAUAGCGAUAAAUAUAGUUGUGUACAUAAAACGCUAAACAAUAGAAUUAAGAAUAUUAAUAGUGAUAAGAAUAAAACUAAAAAGUUAAAAGAUAAGUUGAAACAACAUAAAUCGUCCAAAAAUAUUGACGAAUUAUUUGAGCCCCUUAAAACCGACAAGGCAGCUGUAGGAUUGGAAUUUACUAUUAAAAAAAAUUCAUCAGACUCCUCGAAUGAUUCAACGGAAUUGAAGAUGGUUGAUAAUUCUUGUAAUUUGACUCAAGCAUCAAAUAAAGCUCAAUCGCAUGAGAAAUUUACAGAUAAUUUACAAGUAGAAAAGGUUAAUGAUAGUGGUGAUAAAUUAGUAACAGAAACGUUAAUAAAAAGUUCUAAACAAGAUGAAAGUAAAAACGUUCGACCUAGGAGAAAUCUGAGUUUCAAAUCAGAAUUGAAAACACCUUCUCCUUUACAAGUCAAAGAAACUUUACCCAAGAUCAUAACAUCUCCUUUAAAUACUACAGAUACUAAUUCGACUGAAGCAUCAAAUAAAGCUCAAUCGCAUGAAAAAGUUACAGAUAAUUUACAAGUAGAACAGGUUAAUGAUAGUGGUGAUAAAUUAGUAACAGAAACGUUAAUAAAAAGUUCUAAACAAGAUGAAAGUAAAAACGUUCGACCUAGGAGAAAUCUGAGUUUGAAAUCAGAAUUGAAAACACCUUCUCCUUUACAAGUCAAAGAAACUUUACCCAAGAUCAUAACAGCUCCUUUAAAUACUACAGAUACUAAUUCGACUGAAGCAUCAGAUAAAGCUCAUUUGAAUGAAAACAUUACAGAUAAUUUACAAGCAGAACAGGUUAAUGAUAGUGGUGAUAAAUUAGUAACAGAAAUGUUAAUAAAAGAUUCUAAACAAGAUGAAAAUAAAAACGUUCGACCUAGGAGAAACCUGAGUUCGAAAUCAAAAUUGAAAACACCGUCUCCUUUAAAAGUCACAGAAACUUUACCUAUCAUAAAAUCUCCUUUAAAUACUACAGAUACUAAAAAAUCUGGAAGGAUAGCAAACAAAUCGCAUCUCAGUCAAUCUGAUGAAAGGGCAACAAGUGGACUUCUAAAAGUUACAGAACCAGUUACUUCACCAAAAGUAAAAGAAACCAAUGUUCAUACUGAAACCCCUUGCCAAUCAAAUAAAAAUCGUCGAUCAGAAGAUAGGAAAGUUGAUAGUGAAUACCUUCGUCCUAAGAGAAAACAGUGUUUAAAACCAGAAACACCUCCAAACAUUAAUCGUUUACAAAUCAAAGAAACUUUACCUAUCAUCACAAAAUCACCUUGUAACACAGAUAGUCAAAAAUGUGAAAGGUUACAACUCGGCCAAUCCAAUGAAAGGGCAACAAGCGGUCUUCUAAAAGUUGCAGAACCAGUUACUUCACCAAAAGUAAAAGAAACCAACAUUCCUAGUGAAACCUCUUCCCAACCAAAUAAAAAUCGUUCAGAGUAUAGGAAAAUUGAAACUGAAUACCUUCGUCCUAAGAGAAAAUCGUGUUUGAAACCAGAAACUCCUCCAAACAUUAAUCGUUCACAAAUCAAAGAAGCUUUACCUAAUAUCACAAAAUCACCUUUAGAUAGUGAAAAAUUUGAAAGGCUAUCAAACAAAUUAGAACUCAGUCAAUCCAAUGAAAAGGCAACAAGCAGACUUUUGAAAGUUACAGAACCAGUCACUUCACCAAACGUAAAAGAAACAAACAGUCCCAUUGAAAUCUCUUUCCAGUCGAAUAAAAAUUUACCCUUUCCAGACUCUAGUGUUUACAAACUAUUAAAUGUGGACUGUCAAAAAUCGGACUUACUGGAAGUCAAAGUAGAACAGGAUUCUCCGAAUUUGAUCAAUUUGGACACGAGUAUAGUGUUAAAAUCAUCGCCAGUGUCUUAUGAUAACGAACCGUCACCGAAUAACGAACCGUCACUGAAUGACGAUUCGCCUAACUCUUCGGGAUUGUUGCAGACGACCGGCAAGGUGGAGUAUUUGAGGACUUGUCCGGAAUGUGGGAGGAUCAUUCAUACGAAGAAUGAAUUGGUCGAGCAUCGAAAAAGCCAUAUGAAAUGUUACUUGUGCAAGAAGAGGUUUAAGAGUAUCAAGAAAACAAAGGAACAUAUGAACAGUGAUUGUAUAAGAAAAUUAGAUUCAACAAAUCCAGUAAUUACUCUCAUGAAAAUAGAAGAUUGUCAGACUUUGACAAACCAAUAUCCGAACGUUUUAGAACAAAUAACGCAAAGUCCUAAGAAAAGGCGCAGAAACGAUCAUUCAGAAGAGAAUAGUUCGAGGAAAAAAAUUGUUUUUCUACCAUCAACCAGUUCCGAAUAAAAAAAAUCCAAG